GUUUGAUUUGACAUUGACAGCUCUCGAAAUCCUAACCUACCGAACUAUUUCCUAAUAACGUAAAAGAUAUUGUUAAAAAUAAAUAAUCUAAACAAACUUUUAAAUAUGAAGAAUGGACGAUAAUGGGAAGCACACGUCCUCUUAUCAAUUGGACCAGGAAAUAUUAGAUGCUCGUGGCAUCAGCAUGACAGUUGAAGAGGUGGCAGGGCUCUCCACUUGCAAGUAUUCAGAGAGGGUUCAGUCCCUCAAACUUAAUGAGGAUGACCUCGCCUUCCUGAAGGGACUCCGGAGAAGGAUCAAAAAUAGACUUGCCUCCCAAAACAGCAGGCGUCGUAGCGUCGAGCACCUCAGACGUUUGGCUCGGGAGUUACGUGCCGUUCGAGCGUGUAGAGACGAUGCCCUUGCUGAGAGGAAAUCGCUGGUGAUGCAGAGGGAUAGUGUCCGAGCCAGCUGUCUUAGACUUAGGAGGCAUAUUGUCCAGAUUCUACAAGAGCGAUCAGACUCAACCGAAGUGCCAAUAUUAGAUUUAGAUACAAAGAAAGAAUCUCAAAAUAGUUUACCAAUAAAAAAAAUCGCCGUCACCGAAACUAAAACACCCCUUAUACCGGAAUGUUUCGAGAGGACUGAAAAAAAUGUAUUCGAAUGUCGCAUAGACAAACUAGUGCAGCAGAGCGUCAACCACAUAUUCAAAAAUGACGUUGAAAAAAAGAAGGUUUUCGCAAAAACAGUUUUCAUUUCGAAUGACACAUUGAGUUCCAAUAUUAAGUCUAUGGUCUUAAGUGAAGAGGACAGUUUGAAAAUAUUGGAGAGUGAUAACGGAGUACUCAACCUGUCCCUCAAAGAAGGCAGAAGAAAAAGCCAUGGGCGAAAGCAGUUAGCUCCAAGAAGAAUUACUUGUGUUUAUUCUGAUAAUAAUGAUGGCGUCCUGGAUUUGAAAAUAAAAAAGGAAAAUCCGUGAUAUUCAUAUACCAACAUUUAAAAUAGUUAAGUAUUGUAUACACACUUAUAUACAGACCAAAAAUAUAGUUAUAUAUAUAGAUAUUAAAGUCGGGAACAUUAUUAUUAUUAUUAUACAUAAUUAUUAUGUAAGAUUUACAAUUUUUAUAGAACUCUGACUUACCUGUUUUUACUUUAAAAGCUCACAUUCUCAAAAUAAAAAGUAACCCAUAUGUUAUUUCAGACUAUAAUCUAUCUCUGUGGCAAUUUUCAUCAAAA